GGAAGGGACCACUUGUGACUGUGCCUAAACCUGUUUAUACAUAUUCUGCUACCCCUCGCACCCCCUUCCUCUCCUCCUCCUCUUAUCCUCUUCCCCCAACGCUUCUCACUUUUUCUCCACUUCAACCCCCAGGGGCCCCCUCCCUGACUCUCUGGCCUCCCGUCUAUCGCUUUACAUACAUAUGAGCCGGCGCAACGUGAUUGGGAAGCCUUCACUUCGUCCAAUAUGUCCUCACCUCCAACUUCCAAGCGAAUCAAGACGUCUAUUCCUCCAGGCAGCCCACAACAACUACUUUCCCAGCAACAAGCGCAACAAAACCAUCCUUUCCAACACGUACCAAGCUACGAGGGCAUUCCUAUGCCCCAAACUCAGAUCCCAGGGUCGAAUCCGCGUAAACGCCGAUCUUCUCCCCCAAGCUCAACCGCGGCAAUGACGACCAGUGCGACGGGCGAUGACCCUGUGGCUGCGACGGCAGAGCCUACUCCUCGGAAGAAGGGAAGAACGAACACUCCCUGGACCGCGGAGGAAGAGCAGAGGCUGAAAACGAUGCGCGAUGCUGGUCGCAGCUGGAGUGAGAUUGCCAAGACAUUUCCGAACCGGACUGAAGGCAGUGUGAAAAAGCACUGGUACAAGGAUAUGCACUAUGCAGAGUUUGCGGAGGACGAGUCCAUAGCACUGCGUGAGGCAAUCAAGGAAUAUGAGGGGAACAAGUGGAAAGUUAUUGGCCAAAAAGUUGGGAAGCCGGCCAAGGCGUGCGAACAGUAUGCGAAAGAACAUUUCAAGGAUCUCUAGAUAUAGGACGGAUUUUGACAACGUAACGACCAUCUCGAUGUUCACAUGGAUUCCCCCAUGCUUUGGAUCUAUAGCGCUGCCUCUCGCAACUAGUUUUAUAUCUCAAUUUGCAAUGUACCAGGCGAAAGGAUACCGGCGUCGUUUCGUCAAUUAUUCUCGUUGUUUUCUUUAGGAUCUGUUUUUGGCUGCUGGCAGCGGUGGGUGCCUUGAGUAUCGUAACAUGCUUAAUGACAAGACCGAUGUCGCAGAACAAUUUCGAUAGAUAACGAG